GUCCUGCAGGAAUUGGAUUUACCUUCAUGAAAGCUGACCCAACAGACUUGAGAAAGGCAAUCUAAUUACCUGGGAAGUCUAAUUCUGUUUUGGGAGGGUGGAAGAAAUGACAUGUUCCUCCAUUCUUACCUCUUUCUGUUAUUCAUCCCUCUGUACACUAGGUGUUCUGAUUUCUCACCUAGAACCCUUUGGAGAUUUAGAGAUAGCUGGAAUAGAGCUACUUGGGUUUGGGCGAGUGGGGUGGCUUGAAACUCGGAUCUCAUCCAGGAACUGACAUGAUGACAUUGAUCAACCACAGACUCAUUAGCUGGGUGAGGGUUAACAGGACUUGAAAAAAUUAACACCUGUGGUUAAUUAGGGAAGAUAUUAAAAAUAACAGGGAAAAUGCAACAGAUCCAUUGGAUUUCUUUUUUCUUUCUUUCUUUUUUUUUUUUUUUUUUUGUAGGCUCCACAUCCAGCAUGGGCUCAAUCUCUCGACUGUGAGAUCAAGACCUGAGCUGAAAUCAAGAGUCGGCUAUUUAACUGACUGAGCCAGCCAGGCACCCCAAAUCCAUUGGAUUUCUUUAUUGAGCUACCAGCUGCCCUACAAGGCCUACCAAAGGCUUGCUGUGUAAUUGGUAACAUCAGCUGAGCAGAAAUGCCAUUUCCUUCCCAAACUAGUUAAUAAGACACCACUGGGCUUUGCCUCGGGACAGCAGUAAUGAAAGGAAAGGACAGGGCAGAAACGGCGAAGGAAAGAGAGAAGCAGAGAGUUACGUGGGCUACCUAGGAGUGAGCCCUGAGCCGCCUGCGAGCAGAACUGCUGGAGAGCUUCUCCUGGUUCCCGGAGCGCCUGCCAGCCUCCCAGCCCCCCGUCUCCGUGCCCGGGACCCGUGACCUCGGCCUGCGGGAGCCGGGACCCGCCGUGGGAAGGCAUGAUGCGGCGCCAGGCCCAAGGGAGCUGAGUCAGCCUGCCCGCGCCCGAGCAGCUGCCACUGCGGCCCCAGAGCCGUUGCAACAAAUCACCUCUUUUAAUGCUCUUUGGCAGAGAUCAAAUCUACACGUGAAAAGACAAGGACAUACGGUUGGAGACUGUCAUCAGGAUUCAGUGGCGUGGAGGAGGGGUCGAUAUGAGUAAAGAACAGUCGUACAAUGGUAGAUGGAGUGAUGAUGCUUCCUGUGCUAAUGAUGAUCGCCUUCCCUUCCCCUAGUAUGGAAGAUGAGAAGCCCAAGGUAAACCCCAAACUUUACAUGUGUGUGUGUGAAGGCCUCUCCUGUGGGAACGAGGACCAUUGUGAAGGCCAGCAGUGCUUUUCCUCAUUGAGCAUAAACGAUGGCUUCCAUGUCUACCAGAAAGGCUGCUUCCAGGUCUACGAGCAGGGGAAGAUGACCUGUAAGACCCCGCCAUCACCUGGCCAAGCUGUGGAGUGCUGCCAAGGGGACUGGUGUAACAGGAACAUCACGGCCCAGCUGCCCACUAAAGGGAAAUCCUUUCCUGAAACACAGAAUUUCCACUUGGAGGUCGGCCUCAUUAUUCUGUCCGUAGUAUUUGCAGUAUGCCUUCUAGCUUGCCUACUGGGAGUCGCUCUCCGAAAAUUUAAAAGGCGCAAUCAAGAACGCCUCAAUCCCAGAGAUGUGGAGUACGGCACCAUCGAAGGGCUCAUCACCACCAAUGUUGGAGACAGCACUCUAGCAGAUUUAUUGGAUCAUUCGUGUACAUCAGGAAGUGGCUCUGGUCUCCCUUUUCUGGUACAAAGAACAGUGGCUCGUCAGAUCACACUGUUGGAGUGUGUCGGGAAAGGCAGGUAUGGUGAGGUGUGGAGGGGCAGCUGGCAAGGGGAGAACGUUGCUGUGAAGAUCUUCUCCUCCCGGGAUGAGAAGUCGUGGUUCAGGGAAACAGAAUUGUACAACACUGUGAUGCUGAGGCAUGAAAAUAUUUUAGGUUUUAUUGCUUCAGACAUGACAUCAAGACACUCCAGUACCCAGUUGUGGUUAAUCACACAUUAUCAUGAAAUGGGAUCGUUGUACGACUAUCUUCAGCUUACUACUCUGGAUACUGUUAGCUGCCUGCGAAUAGUGCUGUCCAUAGCUAGUGGUCUUGCACAUUUGCACAUAGAGAUAUUUGGGACCCAAGGAAAGCCAGCCAUUGCUCAUCGAGAUUUAAAGAGCAAAAACAUCCUGGUUAAGAAGAAUGGACAGUGUUGCAUAGCAGAUUUGGGCCUGGCAGUCAUGCAUUCCCAGAGUACCAAUCAGCUCGAUGUGGGGAACAACCCCCGUGUGGGCACCAAACGCUACAUGGCUCCUGAAGUUCUAGAUGAAACCAUCCAGGUGGACUGUUUCGAUUCUUACAAGAGAGUUGAUAUUUGGGCCUUUGGUCUUGUCUUGUGGGAAGUGGCCAGGCGUAUGGUAAGCAACGGUAUUGUGGAGGAUUACAAGCCACCAUUUUACGAUGUGGUCCCCAAUGACCCAAGUUUUGAAGAUAUGAGAAAGGUGGUCUGUGUGGAUCAACAGAGGCCAAACAUACCCAAUAGGUGGUUCUCAGACCCGACAUUAACCUCUCUGGCUAAGCUGAUGAAAGAAUGCUGGUAUCAGAAUCCAUCUGCAAGACUCACAGCUCUGCGUAUCAAAAAGACUUUGACCAAAAUUGAUAAUUCCCUAGACAAAUUGAAAACUGACUGUUGACAUUUUCAUGGAGUCAAGAAGGAAGAUUUGACGUUGUCAUUGUCCAGCUGGGACCUAAUGCUGGCCUGACUGGUUGUCAGAACAGAAUCCAUCUGUCUCCCUCCGCAAAUGGCUGCUUUGCCAAGGCAGACAUCCUACCCAGCCGUGUGUUGGGGAGACACCAAAACCACCCUAACCUCGCUCAAUGACUGUGACCUGGGCAUUUCACAAACUGUUCACACUGCAGAGACUAAUGUCGGACAGACACUGUUGCAAAGGUAGGGGAACUGGAGGAACACAGAGAAAUCCUAAAAGAGAUCUGGGCAUUAAGACAGUGGCUUUGCAUAUCUUUCACAGGUCUCCUAGACUCUCCCCAUGGGAAACUCAAGGAGGUGGUGAAUUUUUAUCAGCAAUAUUGCCUGUGCUUCUCUUCUUUAUUGCACUAGGAAUUCUUUGCAUUCCUUACUUGCACUGUUACUCUUAAUUUUAAAGACCCAACUUGCCAAAACGUUGGCUGCGUACUCCACUGGUCUGUCUUUGGAUAAUAGGAAUUCAAUUUGGCAAAACAAAAUGUAAUGUCAGACUUUGCUGCAUUUUACACAUGUGCUGAUGUUUACAAUGAUGCUGAAACAUUAGGAAUUGUUUAUACACAACUUUGCAAAUUAUUUAUUACUUGUGCACUUAGCAGUUUUUACAAAACUGCUUCGCGCAUAUGUUAAAGCUUAUUUUUAUGUGGUCUUAUGAUUUUAUUACUGAAAUGUUUUUAACACUAUACUCUGAAAUGGACAUUUUUCUUUUAUUAUCAGUUAAAUUCACAUUUUAAGUGCUUCACAUUUGUAUGUGUGUAGACUGUAACUUUUUUCAGUUCAUAUGCAGAAAUGUAUUUAGCCAUUACCCAUGUGACACCACCGAAUAUAUUACUGAUUUAGAAGCAAAGAUUUCAGUAGAAUUUUAGUCCUGAACGCUGUGGGGAAAAUGCAUUUUCUUCGGAAUUAUCCAUUAUGUGCAUUUAAACUCUGCCAGAAAAAAAAUAACUAUUUUGUUUUAAUCUACUUUUUGUAUUUAGUAGUUAUUUGUAUAAAUUAAAUAAAAGGUUUUCAAGUCAAA